ACAUUUUUAUUGACAAUGCAGUAAAUUCCUUUCAGAACAAUUCAAACGAGGAACAAGACUUAGAAGAGACUAUGUCAUGUUCAAAUGUUGAUAAUUUCUCUCCAAGUGAAGCUUACUUACUUCCAAAAGAAAGUAUUCCUCCAAUGAAAAUGAUGUGGACAGAAGAAGAAAAAAUAAAGAAGGAAAUAAAGAAAAGGGACAAACACAAUACCAUCGAACAACGGCGAAGAGAGAAUAUAAACAAUAGAAUCAAAGAACUAGGCACCCUUUUACCACCAACAAUACAUCCAAAACUGAAAACUUGUAAAGGCAGUAUUUUGAAAGCUUCAGUUGAUUAUAUAAAGGAGUUGCAGAAAAGCAGAGAAACUCUCAUCGAAGUCGAAAGUAACAUCAAAGCAAUGAAGGCUAGAAACCAAAAAAUGUUAAUGAAAAUAUUUCAACUCGAACUGAAGAUUAAAUUAUAUAAACUCACGUGCGAUGGGUGAGAAACGACAAUGGAAAGACUUUGUAGGAUUAUAUGGUGGCUGAUAUCUGUUUAUGUUUUUCUGACACUUUUUUUAAAUAAAGGAGGAAUGAUCUGUUCCAUUGAAGUAACAAAGCAGAAAUGUCAUUUG